CGACAAGCGGCAGACAUUAUCUAUUUUUAAUCCGAUUAUAAUGAACAGUGUUUAUUAUAUUUAAAACAAAACAAAAAGAAUUUUCAUUGCUAACGACAGUAGGGUGGCGGAAAAAAGUGACCGUAUCGGGAACCAAUACGUAAGAUAUAUCCAUAAAGAACUCUCUUAAAUUUAAGCACAUGUACGUAUUUAUUUCAAGAGCAGGCCCUAAAUCCAUAAUCCAUUAUCGGUGAAUUUAAUUGAUGAUCCAUUUGGAAAUAACAAACCAAUUCAAUUUGAUGGCCAAACGGGGCGAACUUAAAAAAAUUCGAAUUCCUUUCAGCAUUUUUAAAAUUCAUGAUUUGUUUACAUUUCAUCGUUUUUUCGGGGGGCAUCGCUUUAAUAUCGGCACAGCGUGCUACCCUGCCAUGGCGUCCCGUCUUUCCCGUCCUUUCCGAGAGUGUAGCCAAAAAGAAAUUUCAAUAAUUUUCCACGCAGAGCGCAGAAAGCUCGACAGGUCAGUUUAGUUUCGAAAAAGUUUACACAAAGACGCUACAAGACCGCUCCUCCGUCGUACAACUGCCCAACAAAUAAUGAAAAUCAAUAGAUAAUGGAAAUCAUUUAAAAGUGCAAAUUAUUGGAAAAUAUUGAAAAGUGUGAUGGUGAUUUGAGGGCCGUUUCCGGAUAAACUGACUGCUAUAAAUCCAAUACUGAAUAGCGAUAUUUUACAAAGUCUAAAUGCAGUGCAUGGCCCAGUAUAAAAUGUUAAAAAUAAAUUGCAAUGAAUUUUACAAUUGUCGUGCUUCCGAGACGGGGAAAAUCAAGGGCAGCAGCGUCGGCGGCGUCGACGGCGACUUCUAAUUACGUCUGGCAGUGAGAUUUAAAAACUUGUACUGCACCACCAGAGAUAACCGAACACUAAAAAUAAUUGGCAAACAAGAUGCGACACAAAUAUUCGGCCAACAGCCACAGUCACAUCCAAAGCCAAAACCAAAAUCAAAAUCAAAUUCAAAAUCAACAGCCGCGGGCAUGUCAAAGGCCGCCGCCGCCCAGCAAUUCGAGUGACAGGGACAGUGAUUUUUGAAACUUGAUUUGAGAUACGAUUGUUUUUGGAAUCGGGAUUAGGGAUUCGGAAGUUGAGUGCGCACCUCGCCUGCUUCAUGUUUAACAACAGCCACCAGCACCAGGAUGAGUAUAUACGGGAAUACGCCUUCGAGCCGGAACUGCUGAUCAAUCGCGAGGACUAUCUGCGGAAGGAGCGCGCCCAGAAGCCCACCACCUCCACCGCAUCCACCUCCACUCCUGUCCGCCAGCGCUGGGACUCGGUCAUUGCCAAGCAGAAGGAGCAGAACCGCAGGCAGAGUAUUGACCCGCCCAGUGAUGACAAAAACCAAAUCGAGAUCGAAAUCGAGGCGUUCUAUUAUAUGUAUGGUCGUUAUACCAAAGAUCUAGGAGAAUUUGCCAAAGAUGAAGCCAGAAAGCUCAAAAUACUUGAAAAACGACGAAAACAGGAAGAUAAACAAAGGAAUAAGGAACUGCUAGGAAAGCAAUCCACCAGAGCGAAGCGGGUCUCGUCAUGGAUUUGGAAGCACACGGUAGCCCGACUGGGCGAGGACUGGGUCUUCCUGGCGCUCCUGGGCAUCAUAAUGGCCUUGCUGUCAUUCAUCAUGGACAAGGGCAUCUCCAUCUGUACAAACGCUCGUAUUUGGCUGUACCGCGAUCUGACGUCACAGCCGUUCGUUCAGUACAUUGCGUGGGUCUCCCUGCCGGUCUGUCUCAUAUUAUUUUCAGCCGGCUUUGUCCAUCUCAUCGCUCCACAAAGUAUAGGUUCCGGUAUACCCGAAAUGAAGACCAUACUGCGCGGCGUGCAGUUGAAAGAGUAUCUCACAUUUAAGACAUUAGUGGCCAAGGUAAUUGGUUUAACGGCAACUCUGGGCAGCGGUAUGCCAUUAGGAAAGGAAGGUCCUUUCGUACAUAUAGCAAGUAUUGUAGCACAAUUAUUAAGUAAACUUGUCACAUCAUUCCAAGGCAUAUAUGAGAAUGAGUCGCGAAACUCUGAAAUGUUGGCCGCAGCCUGUGCAGUGGGCGUGGGCGCCUGCUUUGCCGCCCCAGUGGGUGGUGUUCUUUUUAGUAUAGAGGUAACCACGACUUACUUUGCGGUAAGAAAUUAUUGGCGUGGAUUCUUUGCCGCAGUGUGUGGCGCCACAGUUUUCCGACUGUUGGCCGUGUGGUUUCAAAACGCCGACACCGUAAGGGCUCUUUUCCUCACGAACUUCACCACCGAAUUUCCAUUCGAUCCCCAGGAGCUUUUUGUGUUUGCUCUGAUUGGACUUGUGUGCGGUUUGGGUGGUGCCUCAUAUGUGUGGGUCCAUCGGAGAUAUGUCCUCUUCAUGCGCUCCAAUAAGCGGAUGAACAAGUUCCUACAAAAAAACCGCUUUUUAUACCCCGGAUUCCUAGCCCUGCUGGUCUCCAGCAUUUCAUUUCCUCUGGGCACGGGCCAGUUCCUGGCCGGAGAACUUAGCACUCACGAGCAGGUGACACAGCUCUUUAGUAAUUUUACGUGGUCUCGAGAUGAUCUGACCGUGGAGCAGGCUGCAGUGGUGACCCACUGGAUGACAGGAUACACCAGUGUCUUUGGAAAUCUAGUCAUUUAUACCCUUUUCACCUUUGUUUUCUCCAUUAUUGCCUCCACGAUACCCGUGCCUUCGGGGAUGUUUAUUCCGGUUUUCAAGAUUGGCGCCGGAUUUGGACGGCUGGUGGGAGAGUUCAUGGCUGUGACUUUUCCGCAUGGAGUCCGGUACGGUGGGCGGCUGUCCCCCAUUAUGCCUGGCGGCUAUGCCGUCGUUGGAGCGGCUGCCUUCUCCGGAUCCGUGACUCACACUGUAUCCGUGGCCGUGAUCAUCUUCGAGAUGACGGGGCAGAUCACUCACGUAGUUCCGGUGAUGAUUGCCGUGCUGGUAGCCAAUGCCGUGGCAGCCCUGUUGCAGCCGUCGAUCUACGACAGUAUUAUAUUGAUUAAGAAGCUUCCAUAUCUGCCGGAUCUUCUGCCCUCUAGCUCCGGGAUGUACAGCAUAUUUGUGGAGGACUUCAUGGUGCGGGAUGUGAAGUACAUUUGGAAGGGCAUCUGCUAUCAGAAGCUAAAGGAAAUUCUCAAGGCGAACAAAACGUUGAGGUCAUUGCCCUUGGUGGAUAGUCCGGAGAACAUGAUCCUACUGGGCUCUGUGCAAAGGUAUGAACUGAUAAAAAUGAUCGAAAAGCACAUUGGUCGCGAGAAGCGAAUGGAGGUGGCCCAAAAGUGGCAGAAGGAGGCCGAGGAGCGAGCCCUGGAGGAGGAGAAAAAGAAACAGGAGGUGGAAUUGAAGAUGAGACGUCCGUCACGCUUCGAGGUCCUUCCGGCCCCGGAUAUUCUGAGUCUACGGCAGAUCGCCAACGAUGAAAUGUUGCCGCCCAAAAAGAGGGCGGAGACUCUGCACAGUUCACUGGCGCCCAGAAAGUCGAUCCUGAAAAAGACCAACUCUUUUAACCUGAAGACCUACGGCCAACCCCUCGCUCACAGUCCGAGCAUCACGCCCUACACCACGAUUACCGGAAACUCCGAGUUUCGCAUCCGGUCAGCCUUUGAGGCUAUCUUUAAGAAGUCCACCACCCUCCAGGAUGUCCAGCCAGAUCCGGAAACGGGUUCCCUGUCUCCGGCAGCUAGUAACAACGAAGUGGGGGUUCAGCGAACUCCUAGCACUCCAGGUGUUUCCAAAAAGGUUCAGCUGCCCCGAGAGCGUGUAAUCGACAUGUCCCCAGAGGAUCAAAAGCAAUGGGAGCUCGAGGAAAUGUUGAAGCCCAUUGACCUGCAGAAGGCCAAUGUCCAUAUCGAUCCUUCACCGUUCCAGCUGGUGGAACGCACCUCAAUACUCAAAGUUCAUUCACUGUUCUCCAUGGUUGGCAUCAAUCAUGCCUAUGUCACCAAAAUUGGCAGACUUGUAGGCGUUGUGGGCCUGAAAGAAUUACGAAAGGCCAUUGAGGACAUAAACAGCAAUAAUUUUGUAGCCCCCACUCGCGAUGAAGAUGCGGAAGAUAAGCCCGCUGUGGAGAAACCUCUCCUUCCACCAAACACAAGUGAUAAGGCCGUAGACAUGACCGUCACGUCAAUGGACUCGGCGCUAUCCAACUCCGAAAACUGUUCGGACAUCGAAAUGGAGCACAUAAAGCACACGGAUACGGACGCAGUUACGCUCACCAUCCCGCCGCAGGACUCGAGCCAAAACCCACCGGCGGACACAACGACAGAAAAUGGAAAUCAUUGAGCUUGAAACGAGAUGGUCGCCUAUCAUAGUAGAUAAUACGAUGCGUAUACGUAAUAUGUUUGUAAAGAUCAACUAAAAACCUUACCAUAAGUUACGCCUUACACGAGUUAGUCAUCAAUGUUAUUAUGUAUUUAUAUCUCGUUAGUUUCUAAUGUCAAAGAUAUCGUGAUUUAUAUAUUAAGCUGAAAGAAAGUUAAGUCCCCAACGAAA